AUGGAGACGGUGAAUUCAAGGUGCGAAAUGGAACUUACAGCUUCGACAACUGGAACUUAUUUUCCUCGAGAUUUUAUGUACAACAGAUGCAACACAAGUAUCCUCAACUCAAACAGUCGGGAAGACGAGGUCAUAAUCGUCCAUUUCACAAACGAGACCGAGAUCGAUUUCGACAAGAUCUUCAACCGAGAGAGACAGAGGCUGCUGCAAUCGAUGAGAAAAGAAUCGACACCGAUACGACCUUGCCGCAUCAAAUGA